AGGCCAAACGAACGGAUGGUCGACACACUUCGAAAGGGCCGGGUCUUCGUUGCUGGAGAUGCAGGGCACGUUCAUAGCCCUUACGGCGGUCAGGGAUUGAAUUCAAGCAUUCAAGACGCUAUCAAUAUCGGUUGGAAGCUUGUUCUGGUGGAGAAAGGCCUUGCCCUUCCCUCCUUACUGGACACGUACACAGAAGAGCGCUUGCCGGUCAUCGCACAGGUGCUUAAAACCUCCAGCGAGCUCUUCGACGAAACGAUUGCCGCGAAGAGGGACGGCAAGACCAGUGAGAAGGCGUGGUACCGUGGUGGCUACCUUCACCAGCUUGGUGUCAACUACCGAUGGAGUUCGGUCUUCGUGGAUGAGCGG